AAAAUUCCGUGAUCCAUCGGAAAUCACAUCAUCUGUUGAUGCUGUUUAUAAUAUCGGCAAUCUGAUUAACACAAAAGCGAAGUUCUAGCGAUUUGGAAAGAAACAUAACAUGGUCGGAACUUAAUCGUAACAGAAUAAAAAUCCUCUGGAAAAAAAUAUAUCCUAGAAAUCAAGCAAAAACAAUGAUCCUUGAAAAGGAAACCUUUAAAAAAGAAAACAUCAAUAAUGAUAUAACGCAAAAAAAUUUAACUAUAGAAUUAGCCGUUUUCGUCGACGAAGUAGCAUAUGAUAUGUACAUGCCUAUUCUAGACAAUGAUGUGGAUAAGCUAUACAAUAUGAUGUUAGACUAUGUGGAUCGUAUUCAAGCUGCCUUUAAUCGUUCGAGUUUGAAAGUUUUUAUCAAUAUUACGUUAAUACGUUUGAAUAUGCUUAAAGAACACAUGCUAAAUUUGACAGUUUUUGACGACGACGCUGACGAACGGCUCGAUUUGUUCUGCACAUACGCGAAUUCUCUUAAUUUUCCGGACAAUAAUAAUCCGCGUCACUGUGAUAUUGCUCUUUACUUAACCGGAGUAAAACUUUGUAAAAAAAUUGUAGUAAAAUUUGAAAAGUAUUACGAGAUGAAGAGGAAUUAUAUUAUUACGAAAAAUCCUAUCAUGAUGGCGCAUGCGAUCCGCUUUUCUCUUGCGCAAUAGUAGAAUUACGUGAUUCAUCAAGAAUCAAAUCAUCUGUUGAUGCUGUUUAUGAGAUCGGCCAUCUAUUAGGAAUGAAACUCGAUAAUGGCUCUAUUGAUUCGACGUGUGCGAAUGGCAAAUACAUAAUGACAGAUUGGCAAUAUCCACGGGGACAAGUAACAUGGUCAGAAUGUAGUCGUAACAUUGCGAAGAAACUCAGGAAAAGAAAAUCGUGUCUUCUCAAUCACGCAAGACGAGAUAUUCUCGAAGAUGCAUUGGACCAUUCACGUUAUCACGAUUUACCUGGAAGGCAAUGGACUGCCAAAGCACAAUGUGAAUUAUUUUUACGCGACAAAGAUGCAAACGUAGUCACGUUGCAUGAUGUAUGUCAAGUCUUACAAUGCGAAACGCCUCACAAAAUUGAGUAUUUUUUCGCCGGACCUGCGUUGGAUGGAACUAGUUGUGCACUCGGGAAAGAAUGUCGCGGCGGAGAAUGCGUGGCCGUUAUCGAACCACCAUACAUUUUUCCGUAUUGUGGAGAUAAUUGGAGUGAAUGGAAAGAAGACUCUUGUAAAAGCAAUUGCUUUACGAAAUCCAAAGGCAUGAUAAUCAAACGACGUUUUUGCAAACAUGAUACUUACAAAACGGCUAGUUGUAACGGGCCAUAUUACGACGUGGUUGUUUGCAAUGACUCCAGACUUUGCAAUGGAAAAUGCAAAAGGAUUUCCGAAUAUGCUUCCAUAAAAUGCACCGAGUACAACUUAAAAGUGAAAAAGAGAGGCGGAGAAUAUUUCAACUAUGAUCCAGAAAAUGGGCCAGGAAGGAACGUCAUUCAUGAUGUUGCGAGACCGUGGAUAGUCUGCACCAUAUACUGUCAACGAGAAGAUAAAAUAUCUGCUAAAUAUAGUAUAUUUAAUUUUUACACACCACGCAUGGAAAUGCUCAAAUUAGAUGUCAACCCAUACUUUCCAGAUGGGACGCGACGGUUUAAAGAAGGUGAUUUCGACGUUAGCGAUCGUGAACGUAGCGGAGCUCCUCUCAAGACUGAGGGCGAUGAAUUGCAAGCAUUACUCGAUGAAAAUUCGUCCCAAACGCAAAAAGAGCUUGCAUUACAACUGGGAGUAAAGCAACAAACCGUUUCCAACCGUUUACAGAAGAUGGGAAAGAUUCAGAAAGAGGGAAAGUGGGUACCACACAAAUUGAGCCAGAAGAACAAAGAUAACCGUGUCGAAAUGUGUCUAAAUCUGUACAACAAACAGCACAGAAAGUCUUUCCUGUGGAAAAUCGUAACGGGUGAUGAAAAGUGGAUAUAUUACGAUAAUGCCAAGCAAAAAAAAUCAUGGGUAGACCCUGGCCAACCAUCCACAUCAACGCCGAAGCGGAAUAUCCACGACCAAAAGCUUCUGCAACCAUGUGAAACGGUUGAUGGUAAUCGCUAUAGUCGACAACUAUUGAGAUUGAACGAAGAAAUCCGUCGAAAACGUCCAUAUACUGGCAAAGGAUUGCGUCCGGUGAAAUUGCUUCAUGACAACGCUAGGCCUCAUGUCGCUAAAACGGUCAAAGAAACAUUAUUGACGCUUGGUUGGGAUGUUCUACCGCACCCGGCCUAUUCGCCAGAUAUAGCGCCAAGUGAUUAUCACUUGUUCCGGUCAAUGCAAAACGCAUUGUCUGAGGUACGCUUCCGGAAUAUUGAAGAAGUGCGAAAAUGGAUCGACGACUUUAUUAAAUCAAAAGACGAAACUUUCUUCACUGCCGGAAUUCGUAAGCUGCCCGAAAGAUGGCGCAAGGUCAUAGAUAAUAACGGAGAAUAUUUUGAUACUUAA